AUGAGUCACCCCACAGCUCCUGGGGGGCAGAACCGCUGGCGCCCGCAGAAACACGGCGUGUAUUUCGUGUUCAACGUGUCCCGGGUUCGGGCCGAGGUGGGGGGGGAAGCGCUGCUGCACCGAGCGGAGCUCAGGAUGCUGCGGCAAAAGGCGGCAGACGGAACCGGAACCGGAACCGAACAGCGGCUGGAGCUGUACCAGGUUUAUGGCAACAAUUCCUGGCGGUAUCUCCAUGGCCGCUCGGUGCGCGCCACGCCGGAGGAUGAAUGGCUUUCCUUCGAUGUCACCGACAGCGUCCAGCAAUGGCUCAGCGGCACCGACCCCCUUGGUGUGUUCAAGCUGAGUGUGCACUGUCCCUGUGAGCCGGGCCACGUGGCCGAGGAGAUGCGCAUCUCCAUUGAAGGCUUUGAGCAGCAGCGCGGUGACAUGCAGAGCAUUGCCCGCAAGCAUCGCCGUGUGCCGUACGUGGUGGCCAUGGCGCUGCCGGCCGACAGGGCCAACCAGCUGCACAGCACCAGGAGGCGGCGCGGCCUCGAUGCCGACUACUGCUUCGGGACUGACGAGGAGAACUGCUGUGUGCGUCCUCUUUACAUCGACUUCCGACAGGACCUGGGCUGGAAAUGGGUCCAUGAGCCUAAAGGCUACUUUGCCAACUUCUGUAUGGGGCCCUGCCCCUACAUAUGGAGCGCAGACACACAGUACACCAAGGUGGGGGGCACUAAGGGGGUCCUGGAUUGA